AUGUGGCUACUUCUAACAGUGACAAGUUUGAUAUCUGUAGUUGGAACUACACAUGGUUUCUUGGGUAAAAUAGCCCCUGAAAGCCCAGAAGCAUAUAUGAAUAUUAGUCAGAUGAUCUCCUUCUGGGGAUAUCCAAGUGAAAAUUAUGAUGUUGUGACUGAAGAUGGUUAUAUCCUCGGCAUCUACAGAAUUCCUUAUGGGAAGAAAAAUGCAGAGGAUAAAGGAAAGAGACCUGUGGUGUUUUUACAGCAUGGUUUGCUCGCAUCAGCCACAAACUGGAUUGCAAAUCUGCCCAACAACAGCCUGGCCUUCAUCCUGGCAGAUGCUGGUUAUGAUGUGUGGCUGGGAAAUAGCCGAGGAAACACAUGGUCCCGGAGAAAUUUGUACUUCUCACCAGACACAGUUGAAUUCUGGGCUUUCAGCUUUGAUCAAAUGGCAAAAUAUGACCUUCCUGCUACAAUAGACUUUAUUGUUCAGAAAACUGGUCAGGAGAAGAUUCACUAUGUUGGACAUUCUCAGGGCACCACCAUUGGUUUUAUUGCCUUUUCUACCAUUCCCUCCGUGGCUAAAAGAAUCAAAACCUUUUAUGCAUUAGCUCCUGUUGCCACUGUGAAGUAUACGACAAGCCUUUUAAAAAAACUUUCAUUUGUUCCUACAUUUCUCUUCAAGAUUAUAUUUGGCAACAAAAUGUUCCUCCCACACAACUUCUUUUAUCAAUUUCUUGGUACUGAAGUGUGUUCCCGAGAGAUGAUGGAUCUCCUUUGUAGCAAUGCCUUGUUCAUCAUGUGUGGGUUUGACAGCAAGAACUUUAACACGAGUCGCAUGGAUGUGUAUCUAGGACAUAAUCCAGCAGGAACUUCUGUUCAAGAUAUCCUCCACUGGGCCCAGGCUGGUAGGUCUGGAAAAUUUCAAGCUUUUGACUGGGGAAGCCCAUAUCUGAAUAUGUUACACUAUAAUCAGGACACACCUCCUUACUACAAUGUGUCUGCCAUGAGUGUGCCAACUGCAGUGUGGAAUGGAGGCCAGGAUUUGUUAGCUGACCCCCGAGAUGUUGAAAUGUUACUUCCUAAAAUAUCCAAUCUCAUUUACCACAAGGAGAUUAUUCCUUAUAAUCACUUGGACUUUAUCUGGGCUAUGAAUGCACCUCAGGAAGUUUACAAUGAGAUUGUUUCUAUGCUAGCAGAAGAUGAUAAAUAG